GGCGCUGCUGCUUUCUGUGCAUGUGUAUCUUGCUCUCCCUCUCUCUUUGCUUCACUUCUCUCUGCGUCUCCCGCCAGCCCCCUCCCCCUCCUUUCUUAAAUAUCUCCUCGGUCAGUGUGCUCUGUCUGCUGGCUGUCUGGAGCGGACGCAGCGAUUGGUAGUGACUGCAUUUUAUUUUUGUUCCUUUUCCCCAAAACGGAAUUAUUUUUGUUCGGGACUCGAGAGAGUUUCAGUGCACGCAGAUCUGUUUGGAACGAUGUGCUGCUGAUAUUUCUCUGCAUCAUUAACAGAGAGAGAACGAAAUUCAUUUCGAAUGGAUUUGGGUGCGGCGACCUUUACUCUUUAAGGGAGAAGACAGGAUUAUUGAAAUAUUCAUUGGUCUGGGGAGGAUAGGUCUGAGAGAAGAACGGCGGCAGCUCUUUCCGUAGGUGAAACUACAAUAGGGGAAGGAGACAUUCUUCACUCUCCACCCUCCCUCCCCCCUCCGUUGCAGUCUUUUACUACUUACGCGUUGGGAAUACUGUGCAUUCGCCGCGGUUUCCUUCUUUGAAGGGAGCAGUAACUUGAUCGUCUUUUUUUCUGCCCACCCCCUCCUUUCCCCGGCAUCUUUUACUCUAUAUUAAAUCGUUUUGCGCGAACAGAGCCUUUAAUUGAGUGAGGGAAACAGAAAGUUUUUAAGAUGACAAGAAAAUAAAGGGACUUAGUUACAUCAUAGGGUGAAGGGAGGGGAAGGUUUUAAAAAAAAACUUGGAAACUUCUGCCCAGAAAGCCAUAGCAAAGAUUCAGUUGGGCUGCCUCAGUGUCCGUGCGAGGUUUUCUAUUUCUCUCUUCCUUCCCCCCCCUCCCCUGAACGAUUUAAAUUAUUUCCCCUUCCCCUUACGGUUUAACCCCUCGUAACCCCGCCCCGGGCUGAUGUUUGUGGAUUGUGUUGGCUGCCGGUUAAAGUUGAAAGCCGAUGAAGGAGCGGGCUGCCCGGAACAGUGGUGAAGAAAGACAGCUGUUAGCUGGCCACUGUUUUUUGGUUGCUCCCAGCCCUGUAUGAAAAUGCUUGGAUGAACCAAUUGUUCUCUUCACCGUAACAUCGUAGAUAAAAUUUCUCAAAGGCUACAUUCAAGUGGCAGGAGAAUUGGAGUUUAAUCAUGACGACGAAGCGUAAUUUGUUUGGACGACUGGUGCCAUGUCGCUGUCUCCGGGGUGAAGAGGAAGCAGUCACUGUGUUGGAUUAUUCUCACUGCAGUUUGGAGCAAGUACCCAAAGAAAUCUUCCCUUUCGAUAAGACUUUGGAAGAACUUUAUUUAGAUGCUAACCAGAUUGAAGAACUUCCAAAGCAACUGUUCAAUUGCCAGUCACUACACAAGUUGAGCAUGCCCGAUAAUGAUCUCAGUGUGUUGCCAGCUUCCAUUUCAAAUCUCAUCAACCUCAGGGAACUAGAUGUCAGCAAGAAUGGAAUUCAAGAAUUUCCAGAAAAUAUCAAAAACUGCAAGGUCCUCUCUGUUGUUGAAGCCAGUGUAAACCCUAUUUCAAAACUUCCUGAUGGCUUCACUCAGUUAUUGAGUCUGACACAGCUUUAUCUAAAUGAUGCCUUUUUGGAGUUUUUGCCAGCAAAUUUUGGAAGAUUAACUAAACUGGAGAUAUUGGAGCUACGAGAAAAUCAACUGAAGAUGCUUCCAAAAACCAUGAGCAGACUGACCCAGCUGGAGAGAUUAGAUUUGGGGAGCAAUGACUUCACAGAUGUGCCUGAAGUGUUAGAACAACUGAGUGGACUGAAGGAGUUAUGGAUGGAUGGCAAUAGACUUGCAGUGCUCCCUGGGUUCAUUGGCAAAUUAAAGCAGCUGACUUAUCUGGACAUUUCCAAGAACAACGUGGAGGUGAUUGAUGAUUCCAUUUCUGGGUGUGAGAAUCUCCAGGACCUCUUGCUAUCCAGCAAUGUUCUUCAACAGCUACCCGAAUCCAUUGGUUCCCUUAAAAAGCUCACUACACUUAAAGUGGAUGAAAACCAAUUAAUAAGUUUGCCAGACUCUAUUGGAGGGCUGUCCUGUUUAGAAGAAUUUGAUUUCAGUUUUAAUGAAAUCGAAGCUCUACCUCCUACAAUUGGGCAGUUACAGAAUCAAAGAACACUUGCUGCAGAUCAUAAUUUCAUUACAGAUCUUCCAUCAGAGAUUGGUAACUGCAAGAAUGUGACUGUACUGUUCCUGCAUUCCAACAAGUUGGAGUAUUUGCCCGAGGAAAUGGGAGAGAUGCAGAAAUUGAAAGUUAUUAAUCUCAGUGACAACCGAUUAAAGAAUCUGCCAUUUACUUUCACAAAAUUGAAUGAGUUAACAGCGAUGUGGCUAUCUGAAAAUCAAUCCAAACCACUUAUUCCCCUUCAGAAAGAGGUGGAUGCUGAUACUCAGAAGCAAGUACUCACAAACUACAUGUUCCCUCAGCAGCCCAGAACAGAAGAUGUGUUGUUCAUCUCGGAUAAUGAAAGUUUCAAUCCUUCACUGUGGGAGGAACAGAGGAAGCAGCGGGCUCAGGUGGCUUUUGAGUGUGAUGAGGAUAAGGACGAAAGAGAGGCGCCCCCACGGGAAGGUAACUUGAAAAGAUAUCCAACGCCAUAUCCUGAUGAGCUCAAAAACAUGGUUAAAACUGCACAGAAUGUGGUACAUAGGUUAAAGGAUGAUGGGAAUUCAGACGACUCUGCACCUGAAAUGAAGCCAAUUGAUGACCGAUCAGUCACAACAAAAAUUUCUGCAGAGGUAAAAGAGAGUGCAGUUGAAUUCGACAAGUCCUCAGAAAACGUGGAACUGAGUAUGGUGGAAAACUGCAUAAGCAAAACAACUGAGCAAGAUCUGAGCAGUAAUGUGGAAGACACAGAAAUCAACACAGUUGUGGAUGAUUCCGAGGAUAUAAAUAAACCCACUAAUGAUACCCUUGAGGAUUCUGAAAAUACUACUUCGGAUGAAGAGAUGAAGGUGGCAGAAUUAAGGCCACCCCUGACUGAAAUACCAAUCACUCAACCAAAAGUAGUUGCACUGAGUAAAGAGAAAAGAGAUGAUGCUGACUCUUUACUUGAGGAGGUAAUUCCAAAUAGUAAUCAAAACAACAGUAAUUGUUCAACGCCAUCGAGGAUAUCGGAUACUGUUUCCUUCAACACAGGAAGCAGCCAGGAGACUUUGCAGUCUACACCAGACAGAGAUACUAAAACUACCGUCCCAGUCCUAAAACGGAACAAUCGAUGUGAUGCCCCUGAAAUAUCACUGCUACAGAAUGGAGCAAAGACAAGCACACCACUUCAAAGCAGCAUGAGAAGCCCUGAGAGAAUUGAUACUUCUGUAGAGAACAAAGAAGCCAUUAAGUCGUCUGAAUUUGAGUUAAAUGCCGAGGAGAAACUAGCUCUUCUGGAGAAGGGUAUUGAUCUAAAUAACAGCGCACAGCAAUACCAGAAAUUGCUAAAGAUUGGCAUGAAUAAGAAUGAGCUUGCUGCUGAGGAUCUGAUACUGAGUUCAGAUGGGGUGACUCAAACUAACAGUAGUGUUGAUGGAAUUGCAGAACCAUCAGGAAAUACUUCGGAAAGUAGCGCAAAAGUAACAGAACAUUUAAAGAAUGGUAAUGAGAUUCCUAUUCCCUUCCCUCAAUAUCAAAUAAAUGGCUGCACGGAAGAAGCUAAAAGCCCUCAACCCCAUGUAGAAUAUGGAAAACAAUAUUCACCUGGCCUAUAUUCCGGUGCUGAUGCCGCGAUAUCUCGGAGCACUGAAGAGUUGUCCCCACAAAGAGAGUGUCCGCGAGGGCCCGUUGUCAAAUCGCACAGUAUAACAAACAUUGAGACAGGAGGUUUGAAGAUUUAUGAUAUUAUCAAUGACAAUGGGCCGCAUGAGCAAUGUUUAAUGGCAAAGGUGCCGCCUGGAGCUGCUCAGGGGCAAAAUAUAACUCGCAGUAAGUCAGCCAGUCUUCUAAGUGAACAGUCCCUACAGCCAUUCACUGGAAAUUCUGCAUCGUCGUCUGAUAUUAUGUCAUGCAAAAAAGCAGUGUACACCUUUGAUCAAAAUUUCAACCCUCAAGGCAUCAGUUUGAAGAGGGGCCCUAUGGUUAUUUCACAGAUGCCUCCUGUACCUCAGUACAAUGUCCAGUACAGCAGCAGUGCAUUACCCAAAGAGAACAUGUGGCCACAGAGGCCAGCCUUUCAUACAGAGCAAAGUAAUGCAGUUUCCCAGCACCACCUGAGGUCAGAGACACUUGACAAUGCCAAUUAUGUAAAGCAUCCUGCAAAUAUGAACUUCUCCAAUCGCAACAAUUCCCAGUCCAGCCUUCCCAAUUACAACAUGCAGCAGAGGAUAGGGCCCCGGCAGAUGGAGAUGUGGGGCUGCCCGCCAAAUGAGAGGCUGAUUCAGACCAGUCAGAGGACCACCUUGCAAAGGCAGAGCAGCAUCUCAUCCAAUUCUUCCGUCACGCUUCCGGAAGCUCUUCACUGCAGGCGGUUUCCAGUCCCUGAGGCAGAUUAUAUGACUUACAGGGAUUUGCACACACUGGGACGAGGACCGCCAAUAGCUCAGGGUUCACAGAGACCUUUGUCUGCAAGGACUUACAGUGUUGAUGGGCCAUCUGCAGCCAGGCCUCAGAGUGCUCGGCCACAAGUACCCGAAGCCCCAGAGAGAACAAUGUCUAUAAGCGAUUUCAAUUACUCACGGACUAGUCCGACCAAAAGACCGAAUGUGAGAGUGAAAUCUGAGCAUUCUCUUUUGGAUGUACAGGGGAUCAAUAAGGUUCCACCUGAUUGGAGGGAGCAGGUGUUGCGUCACAUUGAAGCCAAAAAACUAGAAAAGAGCAUGCUGUCUAGGUCGUUUAAUUUCAAUUGUGCUGCUUUCAGCAGCAUGCACUCUGGAAGCUGUAGGGAACUGCACGACAGCCAGGGCAACCUUGCCUUGAGUGUUGCAGAUGGAAGGAAUUCCGGAGUGCACAUAUUCCGUUAUCCAUCACAAGGUAACAGUAUCGGGGACCCAAGUCUAGAUGAAGUCUUCAGCAUCGGCCUACAGAAUUAUUCGCCUGGCACAGUCAGUAUGAAGGAUAUACCUCCAGACAAUAUAAGAAAAGUGCCUUUGACAAAUGGCCAAAUGUACCAACCUUCUAGAGUCCCAGUGAACUGCAACCAACCCAACCACACAAUGUCCCAAGCAACUGUUGGGAGGCAUCCUUCCAGGGAGCAACUGAUUGAUUACCUAAUGCUAAAAGUAUCUCACCAACCACCGUAUACUCAAGGAGCUUCCACAAACCAUCUGAUGAGACAAUGUCGGGAUAUUGUACAGCAAGAGAUGCAUAUUAAAAUAGAUAAAAAUCCUGAGCUGGGUUUCAGCAUAUCUGGAGGUAUUGGAGGGCGAGGGAACCCCUUCAGACCUGAUGAUACAGGUAUAUUUGUAACUAGAGUUCAGCCUGAAGGUCCAGCUUCAAAACUGCUUCAGCCUGGAGAUAAAAUAGUUCAGGCUAAUGGGUACAAUUUUGUGAAUAUUGAACAUGGACAAGCAGUGUCGCUAUUAAAAACCUUCCAGAAUGCAGUGGACUUAAUUAUCCUGAGGGAAGUUGCAUCCUAAUGAUGAAUUAUGGACAAUAAGAAGAAAUCAACCAAUGUGAUCAGUUUUUAUAAGUAAUUCUGUAGCAAAAAAAUGCAGCUGAUAUCACUUUUUUUACUUGGAGACGCGGGAGGAUCAAUGGACGGUUCAAUUUGUUGGUUGAGUUUAGUCUGUAUAAUGUAUUGGCAAUGUAGAGCUUGGGUAUAAAGGGCACAACCACUCUGUAUGAUAGGGGUGCAGAUGCAGGGACUGAAAUAGGUUAUAGAAGCAAAUACUGCAGGGUGAAGAAUUAACAUAGCAAACAUCAGAAUCACUCUUAAUAUGAACAAACCUGUGUGCUUUUCUGUACAGAUUUUAGGUUUUAUUUUUGGAUAAUCUUAUAUAUUACUAAAGAUACUGUACAAGGCUUUAGUGAGCCUGAUUUUUGCUCAGGGACAGGUGGCAGGGCUAUCUGUUCUGUAGAUUUAAGCCUUUUAUUUUUAAUCACCUUUGUAUAAUUGUUAAACGCUGAAACCACUGGGUAAGAUGUACAGGAGUUGGAAAAUGGAUGUGUGUACAGUGUUUAGACGAAUGGGUAGAUGUAUGGUUUGAGCAUAUACAAUUAAGUGACCUUGCUUGGGAGUAUCCGAAAGAACUGAGUCUGGGGCUAGGUUACCAAAGUAAGUGUUUGAUUGGAUUGCAUGGUUUGAUGAUGGAGAAGGUAUCAUUGAAAGUUGGACUGGGGAAGGAAACAGCAAAUUAAACCUGUCUGUGAUGAUCUGUUUCUCUAAGUUCUGAAUUGUGAAUUGGAUUCUUCAAGAACAGUCUUACUUAAGGGUUCUUAGUCCUUUUGCAAAGGGAAGGGAAUGUGGUUAUGCUGCCUACUACUCUGAGAAUGUUAUUUUAUUACACUUAUAAUUUCUAGUGCAUUUGGCCAACAUUUUAAAUAAAAACUUUCUAUCUUUACUAAAAAAAAAGGAUAUAAUUAACAAUAAUGAUGCAUAUUGAUCAGCUUUGUGUAUCACAAUGAAAGUGCCAUACGAGACCAAGAAUUAUCUUUUAAAAUGCAGGUUAAAAACUCUGCUAAAAAGCAAUACUGUAAGUCUAUAUAGUGAAGAGGGUGUAGAUCUGACAUUAUGAAUUUUAAAAGCUCUUGUACCUGUUUAGAAACAAAAUAUAUAUAUAUAUAUUCCAAGAUGAGCAUUAAAUGAACAAAAAAGACAAACUGCUGGAGGAAGUCUGGUCAAGCAGCAUUUGUGGGCAUUAAAUAAGUUUUAUUUCAUAAGGUGUCCAUUCUAAAUAUUAUCAUAGGAUAAUAUUUCACUACUCCCAUUUAUGGUGCAGAAGGAUAUUUCCCACAUAAGUGGAAUAAAAAUCGAUACAGUAGCUGUAAGGGUGUAGCAGAAACACUUGGAUACACAAAUGAAAACAGACCCCUGCUUGGGUAGUUCCCGUAUGUUGCAGCAAAUCUUAAUGGCUUCGUGUUCUUGAAUACAGGUAUCCUGCAGCAGCAUUUCCCAUUAAGAUGAAUUAUAUAUGUUUGUUGUGGGUGUUGAGAAUAUCAAAGAUUUUUUUUAAAAGAAAUCCAUUUGUUGCAAGGUCACACGCUGCAUUGAUUGUUGACUAAAAGUUCUAUUUUAAAAGGUUUUUUUUUACCCAGGCAUGGUUUUUAAAAGUGUAGAAACAGGUUUUAAUGAUUUGCCCUGAGGAGGAAUAAUACCAUUCAGCUGCUUGGUAGAAUUAUAACAAAAUAUAUACAAGUGUGUACAUUGUAUUUCAAUGAAAUAACCUAUCGGUAAGCAUUGAAGUUUUUAAUACCUUUUCAAGCUGGAAUUGCCUUUCAUGAACUUGGUGAUCAUGUUGUACCAUUGUUUAAAAGCUUUCAAUUAAGUAUGCACUUUCAAAUUAAGUUUUGGGUGAAUUUUCAGAUGUAGUCUGAGGGUAUCUUAACUAAUAUUUGUGUAACCUGGAGAAUUUUUCAAACCAAGUUUGAGCUGGUUAAUCGAUUGGAUUAGGAUGACAGGAUGUAACACAAUCUACUUGUCAGGCAACAAAUACUGUAUUGCAGAUUUUGAUAAGCCAUUGACUUUGGGGGAGAAAAAUGAUGCAUGUCAAAGCAAACUGUUUCUUUUCCCCUUUAAUUCUGUUUUGUGUAAUGGUUGAAAUAUUUUUUAACUAUGACCAGUUUGUCAUCUUUGAUUGUGGGGUAAUGGUGAUUUUAAAUAUUUGAUGGCCAACUCAUGAAAGGUAUAAUUCAGCUGUAUAAGUAAACCGCAAGUAAAUUGAAAAAUCCUAAACAUUCCCAUGUAUUUAUUAUGUAAUUUAUUUAUUCUGAUGGUUUCUUGUGGGCUAGAUUUUUCUAAAGUUUGUAUAUAGUUGAACAUGUCCUUGAUUAGAACAAGUAUAAAAUGAAUAAAAAGUAGCCAAUAUUCUUGGUUCCCACAGCAAUGCUGUAUUCCUGAUACAUUUUAAACCAUUGCCUUUAUUUUGAGCAAGUCUGUGAUGUUUCAAAAGAGCUACAUUUGUCCAACAUUCCACAUUUUGUAUAUAACUAGACGGUUUCUAACACAAUCUACAAUAAUUAAGGUCAACUAAUGCUCUUCACAAUCUGAUUUACUUUGUACAAUUUUAGUUUGUAAACAAGGCAGUUUGUUGUAAAUGAAAUCUUAAAUUGGUCAAAACUGUUGUGUGUCCCACUGACAUGAAAAUGAUUUGUAAAUCCACUCAUUUUACAAAAGUGCAAAUGGCUUCUAUAUGUUCCUAUUGUGGUUUAUUAAAAAAAAUGGAAUCAAA